AUGACGGAAACCACUAUCAAUCCGCUGGAUUUACCAGCGUCUCCUUCUUCGGACAUCUUCACGGUCUCCCCCGCAGACACAAAUCUGGACUCUCCGGAGCCGGAGACCCUUGACGAAGAGGAUGAGAAGAAGCCAUCAAAGAAGAGAAAGUCAUGGGGCCAGGAACUUCCAGUCCCGAAGACAAAUCUCCCUCCACGAAAACGUGCCAAGACAGAUGAUGAGAAAGAACAACGACGUAUCGAGCGAGUUCUCCGAAAUCGCGCCGCCGCUCAAACAUCACGCGAGCGCAAGAGACUCGAAAUGGAGAAGCUGGAGACUGAAAAGAUCCGCAUGGAACAACAAAAUCAGUUCCUGCUGUCACGAUUAACACAGAUGGAGGUCGAGAACAACCGGUUAUCAAAACAAGUAGCCCAGUUGUCCGCCGAAGUCCGUGGCUCUCGCAGUGUCACCCCCAAGGCUGGUUCCCCAGUCAAUGUCACCUCCGAAUCCCCCACUCUCACUCCUACCUUGUUCAAGCAAGAAGGGGGCGAUGAAUUCGCCAUGGAUCGUAUCCCGUUCCCUACCCCUUCCGCCGAGUUCUCCCCUACCCUCAAGCCUUCCACUCUGGCUGAAGCCUCCGACGCGACACAACAUCCUGCAGCGGUGUUGUGUGACCUGCAGUGUCGGUCGGUGGCCUCGAAGGAGCUGGAAGCGCCCUCCCUCUCUUCGACCUCGGAUCCGAGAUCGAAACUCCAACUGCAAAUGACAUUGCAGCUCCUCUUUCUGACGAUGACUUCCGCCGCCUAUUCAAGUGUGAUUCACCCGAUGAGUCAAAUCCUUCAUUCCCUGAAGACGGGUUUGCCUUUGGCGUUCUCGACGGAGGAGAUCUAUCAGCAUUUUCCUUUGAUUCUAUGGUUGAUUUCGGCCCCGAGUCUGUCGCCCUCGAAGGCGUCGACCCGACCAGUCUUUCGGAUGAAGCUUCUUACCAGACUACUAGCGUGCAGCCCAGCCUUGGCGCGUCCACUUCGCGAUGCGACGGGCAGAGCAUUGCAGCUAGCGGUUAGUGAGCAGUUUUCCCCGCAGACCGAGUCGAUCGACGCCCCGGAGGGUCGACCGCGGUGGGUAUCGUUGUUAACCUUGAUCUGGGCAAUCGAUCGUCUCGACCAAUCUCGACAACAAUCCCGACGGACAGUCACCAUGACUACGAAAUCCGGCCGGCGACGCAGUUACGGAAAGAGAAUUCAUCAACGGAGUACACGGAGUUCCUGGAGUUCGAAGACAAGCGAGACCAUGACGUCUCUGCUGAUGGGCAAGCAACUUUGA